GCUACCAAUAAAAAACCUCAUCAUCAAAAACACAACUUGGUUCAAGCAAAAGGCCACAAAGCCCCAAGAAAUUGUCUAAUUGCUAUUUCUUUGAGUCAUUUUGUCAAGCACAUAGUUAAAUCACUAAAACUCAUUCAUUCAUUUGCUAAUUGAGGCAAGAGAAACAAAGAGAGAUGAAGGGACAAAAGGUGGUGGUGGUGUUGGUGCUAUUACCAGUGCUGAUGUUGGUUUUGGCGGCUUAUGUGCAUAGUAGGAGGAAAUCCAUGCUAACCAAGCCAACAUCGUCACUGUUGCUCAACCGAGUUGGGUCCUCCGUCAUGUUCCCACUCUACGGGAAUGUCUAUCCUAUUGGGUUCUACAAAGUCACCCUCAACAUAGGGCAGCCGUCAAAGCCUUACUUUCUGGAUCCUGACACCGGUAGUGACCUCACAUGGCUCCAGUGUGACGCUCCCUGUGUCCGCUGCACUGAGUCACCUCAUCCACUUUAUAGGCCCAACAACCUGGUAGUCUGCAGGGACCCUCUUUGUCAAGCGUUGAACCCAUACGGUGAACACAGAUGUGAAACCCCAGAGCAAUGUGACUAUGAGGUUCAGUAUGCAGAUGGCAGUUCAUCCAUUGGUGUCCUUCUCGAGGAAGUCUUUUCCAUCGACCUUACUAAUGGGAUGCAACUUAAACCUCACCUACCCCUCGGCUGUGGAUAUGAUCAGAUGUCUAAUCCAGCUUCUCAUCCCUUGGACGGAGUACUUGGGCUCGGCAAGGGACAGUCCAGCAUUGUAUCACAGCUUAGUAGGCAGGGUUUGGUGCGAAAACAUUGUUUAAGUGGGCGAGGUGGAGGAUAUCUCUUCUUCGGUGACGGCCCUUAUGAUUCUUCACGUGUGCUUUGGACAUCAAUGUCACAUGAUCAUCCCCAACAUUACUCAUCGGCCGGCUUUGCGGAGCUAAUAUUUGGAGGGAAGACCACUGGAAUUAAAAACUUGGUCCUAGUUUUUGACAGUGGGAGCUCCUACACCUACCUAAAUUCUCAAGCUUACCAAGUUUUAACUUCUUUGGUGAAGAGAGAAUUAAGUGGAAAGCCGUUAACAGAAGAACUGGAUGACAAGAUUCUCCCAAUCUGUUGGAGAGGUCGAAAACCAUUCAAAAGCCUAAAAGAUGUCAGGAAAUACUUCAAGCCCUUAGCAUUGAGCUUCAUCAAUGGUGGGAAAGCCAAAAUUCAGUUUGAACUCCCCCCUGAAGCUUAUUUAAUCAUAUCGUCCAAGGGAAAUGUUUGCUUGGGAAUUCUAGAACAAGGGUUGAGUACUUUGAACAUCAUCGGAGACAUAUCAAUGCAAGAUAAGAUGGUUAUCUACGAUAACGAGAAGCAGUUGAUUGGAUGGAUGCCUGCAAACUGCGAUCGGCUUCCAAAGUGGUCUAAAACUGUUAGCAUUUGAUGAUAAUGAGUAAACUCGUAAAUUCAGCAUGUGAUGGACUUAGCCAUGAUGUAAAAGAGAAUAGUUGUUAAUUUGCAAGGCAUUCUUUGCGCCUUGCAAACGAUACAAAGUUAUACCCGAUUGGCAUCUAAUCCUAGCUGUUUUUCUUCUUUAA